AUGCCAACACUAGACCUUCUGCCUUUGACUACCAUUUCGCGCCGCAUAUACUCGCUCAUCUUACGCAUUUUGCACAAUCGCCUUGUCACAGCUGCAGAACUGAACUCACACUCUGUACUCCUCGAAUGCUUCCACCCGUCUGCGAAACUUACCGAGCCGCCUUACUUUUGCACAUAUCGAGGCACUGAUGGCUUGAAACUAUAUCAUGAUAUUGAUCCAAGCGAGAAAAAUGUAGGCAGACUGGGUGAGAUGUAUAGAAUGUACUCUCGUUACCGACCACACAGACGUGAUCUAGAGGCUAGUGGGAGAAGGGUAAGGCCAAGGCCGGGAGACGUUCCUGGCAGUCGCACCUUUCCAGGGACAGUGCAGGAUCCAUAUGACAGCGAAUCGGUCAAGCAGACGCUGAGCUUGGAAGCACAUGAGCUAUUCACGCAAUUGAUUGCACAAACGAACCUUGUUAAGAUCGGAUCGCACAACCUCUUCACAAACGUGGUUGAGGUUGAGGAGGGUGUGCUGAGGGUGUGGAGAGAGUGGCUCAAAGACGUUGCGGCGAGAUGCAGAGUAGACAACCGAAUAGCGUCGAAUGAGGUUAUCGAAGAAGUGGGUAAGGGCAAGGAAGUUGCAAGAGAAAUCGUUGAAGAAAAGGCAAAUCUCGAGGAUCCCAGUAUCUUGUGGGUGAGCCCAAGGAAGGACAGCGGUAUACGCUUCAAUGCGCGUGAGAGAAAGCUCCGCCGGAACUUACCCAUUCUCAUCAGCGCAGAUGAGGAUGAAGACAUGCCUGUUACUUAUGAAAUUGAAUUUGAUGAGCUUCUCAUUCGCACAUCGCAUCUCUUGUUAAUGCUCGAUAGGUCAAUGCUGCAGGAGGACAAUUCAUCUGGCAAGGCGGUAGUUUUCGGUUCAUUUGGAUAG